AUGCAUAUUCAAAACCUAUUCGCAAUCAUUACCGCCUCUGCGGCCCUUUUCCCCACAGUUUCCGCCGGAGAAGGCGAUUACUAUUUCACACCACCCCCGGCCACGGAAAAAUGCGCUUAUACUAUUUAUCGAGUGGCAAGCAAGAAUGGGCUCAAAGCUCUUGUCCGCGAGGGCGACUACAUGGCUUAUAAAAACUGGGACCAAGAAAUCCACGGCGUUCAGGUCCAUUUUGACGGCGAAUGUAACCCAAAGUACAAGUCAGAUGUAUAUGUUUUCAAGAAGGGUGUUCGCGAGGAAAAGCAUAUUUGGCUGAGCCCCCCUCCCAACAAAUCGUCCGGGGUACACUAGUCUGGUGUAAAACCACAAUAGCAUCAUCUUCC